GACAGGAGGUAGGAGACAGGAGCUAGGAGACAGGAGGUAGGAGCUAGAACAUUUCAGACAGAUCCUGAGACUUCAGAACCAUAUUGAUGAAGCUCAUCAGAUGUUAUUCAGAUCUGGGUAGAAGGUUCUGGGUCCAGGAUCACGCCUAAACACCAACGGUAGUGGUUUAGCUCUCAGCAGUCCACCGGACCAAGUCCACAUCCAGGAACUGUGGAAGGAUCUGCAUCGAAGCUCCCUGAAACUUGUAGACCUUCUUCUCUAAAGGGUUCCACAGCUAAAUGAUCUUCUUAAAGAACCCUGGAGCUUCUUUGGGAACCAGAAAUAUUUCUGUCUUCUGGUUAAGGAGUUCCUGAAGCUCCUCAAACAUUCCUGGAGGUUAUGAAGAAGAUCACCAUGAACUCAGAAACUGUUCCGCAUCAGAAAUGCCUUCAUCAUCAGGCGUGACGGAGCAAAAAGACAUAGAGAGAGUUAUUCCCCAGAUUAAAUAGAUGAAUAGAAAGAUAAUUUAAAGUUACGCUGUGAAUUUAGGAGAAAAAAAUACUCCUCGAUCAUUAACUGAUAAUCUGCUGUAUUCAUUAAAAAUGGACGCUGCGUCUGUCUCCAUCUCAUUAUUAACUCAUAAUUAUCAUUUAUACCUUUCUAAUCACCUCCCUGUGGGAAUCACUAAUAAAACCUCAGAAAAUUGGCAGUUUCUGCUGGUAUGUCUGCUUUUCCCAGCUGGACCCUGAAGGCAGCACGAUGGAAACAUGAGCCCUACACUCACAGGUGCAGAUACCUGGCUGGGUGUGUGAGCUUAACAACAACAACAGAGGAAGAAUGAGCCCCGCCCCUCUCACCUGCCCAGGUGCGUCAGUGGGAGCAGUUUGGCUGGUUCCUCAGGCUCCUGCUGGGUGACAUUUCAUCAGAACAACGAGCUGUAAUCACUUCACUGGCACAUGCCGAGCUGAAGACUGUCUCCAGUAGACAAGGGACACCUGGGACACCUGGGAGUCACCUGACUGCAAAACCAGGAAGAAGCUUCACACCUGGACAACUGAAUGGAGUCGGAUUCCCCCGAACAAGGAGCGCCAGGGGCCGCUGCUGAGGCCCCGGGCCCCAACAACAUCCAGGACAUGGAGCUGAGGGAGGAGUGGCAGGAUGAUGGGUUCCCCAGGCCACUCCCAGAGGACUGUGGGGCUCAAGAGGAUCUGGAGGCUGAGAGUCCAGCAGUAGGUGCUACAGAUUCAGCCCCCUCCAACAGCCUUGCCUUGUCGGCUGCAGGUGGAGGAGGUGCUAAGAAGCGUCUGGCGGCACCGUCUCUCAAUCUCACGCUGAGCCAACAAGAUUCUCACGACCCAAACAAUGACAGCUUUUCAGCUGCUGCGCUAUCAGGGACUCCAGACGAGACGCCAUCACUUGACAUCAACCUGGAGGCUUUGGAGACGCCAUCGGGCAGUGAGACGGGAACACUGCCGGACAGUAUGUACGAUCUGGAGUGGGAAGAUGAUCUUCCACGGAUGGGGAAGGACCGGUCUACGGGUGGGGUUGGAAGCCCCGUGGAGCAAACCGAGGGUCUGAUGGAGCUCGAUCAGAUAGACGAGAAGGGACGCCGCUGGAGGAGGUUUUCCAUCUCCGGACACGAAUACAACGUCAACAUGAGCGUGCUGGAACCGUACCUGCAGGUUCUGUCACAUGGAGGUUACUAUGGAGACGGGAUGAACGCCAUCAUUCUGUUCACUUCCUGUUACCUGCCAGAGAACACAGUGGAGAACUAUGAAUACGUCAUGGAAAACCUGUUCAGGUACAUUGUAGGAACGCUGGACCUGAUGGUCUCAGAGAACUAUGUGUUGGUCUACCUGUGUGCCAUGGCUCCCAGAAACAAGCUGCCAGCCAUCAAAUGGCUCCACCAGUGCUACACCUCCAUUGACAGGAGGUUGAAGAAGGAUCUGAAGGGACUGCUGGUUGUCCAUCCUGCCUGGUACAUCAAAGCUCUGUUAAUGCUCGUCAAACCCUUCAUCAGUGAUAAGUUCAGCAGGAAGAUUCGCUUUGUCCAGAAUCUGCAGCAGCUCUCUCAGCUCAUCCCCACAGACAGGCUGCAGAUCCCAGACGCGAUACGACAGUAUGAUGAGAAGCAGAGCAGAUGACAACCUGGGAUUGAUUGGAUUGUGCAGGCUGAAGUUCAUGAAGCCGUCAGCCUGCUCACCUUCUGCCUACGGGAUGUAAAGUGUUUUUAUUUAUGCUGCCUUCGUUUGUAUGGGGAGGGUUUAAGGAACUGUUCCUGGGUCAGUUUUCCGACUCGUUUCAGACCUGCUACAGAACGACAGCUUCAGGUUGACCUAAAGGAGUUAUGGCGGUUCCUUCUGAUCCAACCAGACAGAUCUGACCUCACCUUCAUGGAAGCCAUGUUCAGAGAUGGAGACGAGCUUCAUCAGGAGCUCUUCCUCCUCAGACUGAAGACCAGAUCCUCGCUCUUCACAGAACUUCUGCUGCCUUUUCUCUAAGUAGGACCAGACAAGUCCAACAUGAACUCACCGUUUCCACAGCAAAGUUUGAGUUGAUCAUGUCUUGGAGGACCAUCUACAACCAACGCUAUCUCUGUCCAAACUCUGACGGUUGACUGAGCCUGGCUGCUCUGGUUGCUUCUAGUCUGGUUUUAAUUUGGGUUUCAUGCUGUUCUGCUGGGGAGGAGCAGUUGUACAGGAGGCUUCUGAUUGGUUGCUGAUACUUAUUUACCUGCUGCACCUCCUGUAAUAAAACAUUCACAUUAUG